AUGAGGGAAGGGCAUGUAAGGAAAAGAGUGUAGGAGGAUUGUGAGAAUGUUCAAAUACUUGUUGCUGGCCAACUUCCGCUAUGCCCAUCAAUGGUAAGGCCGUACCAGUCGCUGGGAUUGGUUGUACACACACUUCCACUACUGUCGAUUCGACUGUCUAUUAGCAAGAACACAGAACUAAUAAGAAACUAAAAUGUCAUCCAAACUUAAAAAGAUCAUCGAUGAAAACAAGGAGCAUGACAAUCCCGAACUUGAUCUUGUUGAUCGAUCUAUCACUGAUCUCAACGACGUCCCGGGACUAUUAAACCUUGAGCAUCUGACCAGGUUGACAUUGAGUCAUAAUAAAUUGACAGAAGUUCCUCCUGAAAUUCUCGGUUUGAUUAACAUAGAAAAACUUAAUCUCUUUAAUAAUCACAUAGAGACUUUACCAACUAAUAUGUCAAAUUUAACAAAGCUGAAAACAUUGAAUCUAGGCAUCAACCGAUUGAAAACACUUCCACGUGGCUUUGGUGCCUUCCCCGUUUUGGAAGUCCUUGAUCUUACUUACAACUUUCUCACCGAGAACAGUUUACCUGGCAACUUUUUUUGUUUAGAAACACUGCGUGCCUUAUAUCUUGGCGACAAUGAUUUUACACUUAUUCCUCCUGAGAUAGGAAAGUUUCAAAAUUUGCAAAUUUUGUCUUUAAGAGACAAUGAUCUUCAUACCCUUCCAAAAGAAAUAGGCAGCCUUCAACGCGUAAGGGAAUUAUAUAUUCAAGGAAAUCGGCUGAGCACUUUACCACCUGAACUAGGUCAACUUGAUUUAUAUGGAACAAAACAAAUUUUUCGGUGUGAAAAUAACCCAUGGGUAGCCCUGAUUGGUGACCAGCUUCAGAUUGGUGUAUCACAUGUAUUUGAAUAUAUCCGCUCUGAUAAAUACAGAUAUUUGUAUGGUCGUCACAUGGAAGCUAAGCCUGAACCAGCCCAACGGAAAACAGAUCGGCCCAAAAAAUAUUCCAAAAAGUGAAACUGAAAAGCCUGAAUUUCUAAAACUGCUAUGUAGCCAAAUGCAUCUAUUUUUUUUUUUUCUUCAGCUAAGUGAUCUAAAUAUUUAGCCAUUGAAACAUUGUUUUCUAUAUAAGAUAUCAAACCAACCAGCCAUCCCUAUAUAUUAUAUACAUAUAUGCAUGCGAGCUCAUGUUUCAUCUUCAGAAAAGAAUGGGACAAAAAUACAUCAAAUAUUUUGCCAAAACUAAUUGUAAUAAACACUUUCAGAACUCAUCUAGAAAAAUUGCUUGAAAUUUAAAAAAAAAAAAAAAAAAAAAUUAAGCAGUUGUAAUCUGUACAGUAAUAAAUAAAAAUUGUCACCGAA